UCCACGCAGCUUUAAACACCUACGGAUUAUAAGAACUCGAAAUCAGCCUGGAUGACGUCUGCCAUUUUUAAACAUUGGUUCCAUCAAUCUUUUGUGCCACAGGUAAGAUUGUUUCUAAAGCGGAAGAACUUACCAAUAAAGGCACUAUUACUUAUUGACAACGCUCCCUCUCAUCCAAGUGAAGCAGAAUUAAAAACUGAAGAUGGAAAUAUAAUUGCCAUGUUUAUGCCGCCAAAUGUCACCCCUCUUAUCCAACCUAUGGAUCAAAAUGCGAUUAAAAUAACGAAGUUAUAUUACAGAAACAGUUUGUUGGCUUCAAUAGCAGCAAAAAACUUAGAUUUGCUUGAAUCAAUGAAAAAUGUAACGUUGAAAGAUGCUGUUACCCUUUUAUCUGUCGCGUGGGAUCGGGUCAGCACAGAAACUCUUGCCAAUUGUUGGAAAAACAUUUUACGUUUAAUGGGAAACGAGGAGGACCCUGAAUAUAACAUUCCAUUAAAUAUCCUGAAAGACAAAUGGAGUGCAGAAAUAAACUCUUUAAUGCGAAUGUCAGUUGAUCUCCUUCAGGACUUGAGUCCUCAGGUUGAGUUUACAUUGCCAAUGAUUCGAGAGUGGAACGAUGACCCUUGUGUUGAUGAUACCACCGAAAUCCAUGAAAUCACCGAAAUCCAUGAAAUUGAAGAAAGUGACGAUGAUGAUUGUAUUGCCGAAGACCCCAUAAAGAAAAUUGAAGCAAGUGAGGCAGUUGAAAUCUUUAACAAGGCAUUGCAAUGGGCUGGAGAUGCAAUGGUUGAUCAAAGCGACAUGAGUGUACUUAGACGCUUAAGGGAGAAAGCAGUAUUUCAGCUAAAUAUUAGAAAGGAAAAAGCAGCAGAAAAAGAUAACCGAUUUUUUUAA